AUGUCGUCCGCCGGGAUCAUGUCGGGGCUCACCCUGGGCCUCAUGUCGCUCGGCCCCGUGGAUCUGGAGAUCCUCAUGCGCAGCGGCACCGACGCCGAGAAGGCUCAAGCCGCUGCGAUCCUUCCGGUUGUAAAGAAGCAGCACCAGCUUCUUGUCACUCUGCUGCUGUGUAAUGCUUGUGCCAUGGAGGCUCUCCCUAUAUUCCUUGACAGGAUUUUCAAUCCUGUUCUUGCUAUUAUAUUGUCAGUGACUUUUGUUCUUGCCUUUGGGGAGGUUAUACCUCAAGCAAUAUGUACUAGGUAUGGGCUGGCAGUGGGUGCUAGCUUUGUCUGGCUUGUACGCAUCGUCAUGGUCAUUGCCUAUCCUAUUGCUUACCCGAUUGGGAAGCUCCUAGACUUUGCUCUUGGGCAUGAAUCUGCGCUUUUCAGGCGAGCUCAAUUGAAAGCUCUUGUUUCUAUCCAUAGCAAAGCGGCUGGUAAGGGUGGAGAGCUUACCCAUGAUGAGACUACAAUCAUAAGUGGAGCGUUGGACUUAACUGAAAAGACCGCCGAAGAAGCUAUGACACCUAUUGAAUCAACUUUCUCUUUAGAUGUGGACUCCAAGUUGGAUUGGGAAACAAUUGGUACAAUUCUUGCCCGGGGCCACAGCCGUGUACCUGUGUAUUCAGGAAACCCUAGAAAUGUUAUAGGUCUCCUGUUGGUCAAAAGUCUUCUGACAGUUCGUGCUGAAAUAGAGACGCCAGUUAGUGCUGUUUCCAUUAGGAGGAUUCCAAGGGUUCCUUCAGACAUGCCUUUGUAUGAUAUACUGAACGAGUUUCAGAAAGGAGGUAGUCAUAUGGCUGCUGUUGUGAAGGCAAAGCCUAAGAAUGCACCACCUCAUGAUAAAACUGAACCUGGUAUGGAGUCAGCUGGGGCAACACAAGUGACUGCACCCUUGCUAGCCAGUACUGAUGAAAGGGUGGAUACUAUUAUUGUUGAUACUGAAAGACAACAGAACAUGCAGGUUAAUAGAAAUAAAGCCCACUCGAUGCAGCCGAAUGAUACACCGUCAAAUGCACUGGCUCAGUUAUCAGAGGAUAUGGAUAAUGGUAGUGUCAUUGGUAUCAUCACACUGGAAGACGUAUUUGAAGAACUCUUGCAGGAGGAGAUAGUUGAUGAGACGGACGAAUAUGUUGAUGUCCAUCAAAGGAUCCGAGUGGCUGCUGCAGUCGCUGCAUCAGCAGUUGCAAGGGUUCCAUCUUAUCGAAAAUUAUUGAGUCAAAAGGGUGCACAGGGACAGGGUCAGCCAGGGCAACAGCCUACCGGAAUUCUGAAGAAACCUAGUGGUGAUUCAAACAAGUCAAAAAAUAAAGUGAGCCUUGUUGAGCCUCUUCUAUAA